UAUCUUUGCCAAGAAAACCCCAAAUAGGGUCACUAAGAGUCAGACAUGACUAAAAAACAACUGAACCUCAACAACAGAAGGCGCUUAAAAGCAUAUACAGGAAAGCCGAAUAAAUCUUUUUCUAAGGCCUUGGAAGUAAAACUCCCGUGUUCUCUGAUCUGAUUUCCACUCCCUUCUCCUCCUUCCUAAUGUAAUGGUGACUAAGGGAGAACCUUCAAGCCAGAGGCAAGUUUACAAGUCAUUCAGUCCAGCUCCCCCAACCACUCCCCUUUUGCAGAUGAACAAGUUGGAAGGGCAAAGGUGACUUGCCCAAGGUCACACGGGUUUUGAUUAUGAGUUUGGGGCUUUUUUUCUACAGUUGCCCCUUUCUUCUCUCAGGAAGGGGAAGCCUCCUCUGUUAAUAUAGGAAGCUUGAAGGCUGCUCAAACUUUAUUCCCAGAAAGAAAGCCUGGACCUAAAAAACCUUAAAUGGCCCCAGAUGGGCUCAAAUCUCAGGUUUCACUUAACUGCAGCCCUCGAUUCCUACUUCCUGUCUUUACUUAGUCCUUACUUUUACCCUAAUAAAUGGCAAUUUCUUAGAUUCUUGAGAUUUUAGGUCCUUAAUGUGCUGAGCUCCUUUUACAGAGAAUAGGGUACCUUGCCCUUUGAGAGGUAGCUGGCUGGCCAAAUUGGAAGGCCAUCAUGACUUUGGGACCAGUGAUAGAAUUUGUUUGACCCUGGAGAAGUCUAGAGAACUUGUUCUGAGCCUUCAGGUCUCGGGCAUCAGCAAGUAUAGUGACCAGAAGAGUGAGGUCUCGGAAUCCUAUGUAUCCAUGAGACCUGACGCUAAUUUCCUGACUGCGGCAGGUGUGAUUGCCCUGAUGUUAUUCUCCAAGGUCUAUGGGAGAAUGAUCUGUGGAGAGUGCCAGAACAUUACCCCGGACCUCUCAGGAAGCUAUCUGUGCCACAGCUGCCCAUUUGACUUGGUAGGUAGAAUGUCCUGCCCUGAGUUUCCCUGAGGCCAGCAAGACAGUAGGAUGGAACCCAGCUAAGAAAACCUCAUAAAGUACUAAAUAUGUACCUAUAUGUAGUACUGAAACUAUUAUGGGGGAAGAGGGGAGGGGAAUGGAGAAAAAGGUAAAUGCUGAACUAGGAAAUAGAAUUCCUGGAGUCUUUUUCUACUACUACUCAACUCCCUGUGUGACCUUGGGGAAGACUAAAAUCAGUUUUCCCAGGAACACUCUCACGAAUGAUUGGUUAUGGGCACUGCUAGCUUUUCUAACAGGGUUUAAGGACCCUAGAGGAGAUGGUAUAUUAGACAAAGUAACUGGGUAGUCAACUAAAGUGUCCCUCAGCUCCUAGGUUUUUGAGGGGCCAUAAAUAAUAUAGGAAUUCAGAGAGAGGGCUAGAAUAAUCAGGGGAGACUGUGGUAGAAUUUAGAUGGGGACCAUUAUAAACUGCAUUCUAGGCAAGAUUAAUGAGAGUAAGGGAGUGGUGGACAUGGAGAUGAGUGUGGUGGGUGUAUUGAAGACAGAACCACCCGACUGGAGUGAAGGAUGCAUUAGGCAUCACUGGGAAAAGUAGAACUGAGGUAAGUCUGAGCCAGGUCAUAAAGGGCCUUAAAAGAAUUCUGGUAUUCUGCUCAGAACAGCAGAGUAUUGUUCUGGGCUUCAUGUUUUAAGCCCAACAGUGACAAACUGGAGCACAUUCAGAAUAGGGCAAAGCGUGUCAUGAGGAUUGGUAAAAGGAAAUAAGAAUGUUUAGCCUGGAGAAGAGAAAACUGAGCAUAUUCAUCUGAAGAAAACCUUAUCCCAUUAUAAUUUCUCUCCUCCCUAGCCUUUCUUUGUGUACUUCUACCCCCAAACCACUCCAGGCUCUACAAACUCUAGGGUCUCUGUAAGGCCCUGUAACGAAGCAAGCCCAGUGGAAAAACUGCCAAAGGGGAAGGAUUUCCUAAUCUUCUCAUUUUGUAUGGAAAAAAUUCUCCCAAGGCAGUAGCUUCCCUUACCGAUCGCCCUAGCUCUUUAAGAGUUUUGGUCAACCUCGUACUGAAACCAAUAUCCUAAGGAUUAUAUCACUGCCUCCCUAAAGUUUACAAUCCAAUGAAGAUUUCAGACUUCAUCCUUUAUCUAUCCCUUUUCGUGUUCCCCCCAAGGGUAGGUUCUCCAAGUGCCAAUCCUCUUUUGAGGCGGUCAUCUCUUUAUGUGAACUGGGCUAAGCAGGCGGCAGGGACAGGAGGAUAAGUGGAAUGAACGAAAUGAGCCAGAGCCCAGACUCGAUCCUGGGGAAGCACGAGAAUCUUUUUGGGGGAAACAUAAGACAUAACUUGGACAUGAUGGAAUAGCUCUUAAGGGUAAUAACCCCUGUCCAUCUGAUUAAUGGCUCAGGUCUGCCUUUCAGAUGGAGAACAAUGGAACUCUCUACUAUAGCCAUGUGCAGUAAGUAUGACCUUGACCCUAUGACCAGAGGGGAACCACUACUGGUUUUCUAGGAUCGGGAAUCUUUCAUAACCAGUAUCUGACUGCUUUGCCCAUAUCCCACCUGCUUGGCCCAAACACUUGGGACAUUCUAGAAAGAACUGACUAGCCUUGUGACCCCUCCCUUCUCUGAGCUUCAAAUUCUUCUCUAAAUUGGGAAUGUGUGCUACCUGCUUUGUAAAGUGGUUGUGAGGUGUGUGGAAGAGGCAUUGAAUUUGGAGCCAGAGGGCCUGUUGAAUCCUCAUCUGUGGCAUGCUACUUGUAUGAUUUUUGUCUUAUCUACCUCUCUGGGUCUCCCUCAGUUUCAUCUAUAAAAUAAGGGGAACUGAAGUAGACAUAUUUUAACAUUCCAUGGACCUAUGACUUGGAGAUUCUCUCUCAAGAGGGCUUCAUUCUUUAUGGUCCCCCACAGGUAAUAAUAAUGUGAAUUAUUUAUUAUUGGCCCAGUGGGAAAUGGGCAGAUGGGAUGGAAAGAGGUUCUGAGAGUUGGAAAAGUGACUCAUUAUAACGGAAGUACUGAUGUUAAUUGUUAUUUGUGGUGGCAUCAUACCAGCUGUGAUAUGGUGGCACUUGAGGCUGAGGUUUUCUCCUUCUAAACCAGCAUACCUGCCUAUUUCUGCUGUUGCGUCUCUCUGUAUUUUCUUUGCCUUUCCCAUCCCCAACUAGCUAUGUCUUGCAGACAUGGGCUCAGUCUCCUUGUCAUUCUCACAAGACCUUCUCCCUUGUGGGACGAAGAUAUUAGGGUCCUUGCUGGGGCUGUUGGCCUCUGCCUUCUCCCCCUUCAACACAACAUUCCGUUCCAGGCCCUUGGUAUACAUGGUGUCUCUCCUCCUCCCUGCUGCCUACCUCGUGGUCCUCCUCUUCACCCUGAAGACUCGCUCUCACAUCUCUGACAUCCACAUCAGUGACUUCCCUUUGCCUGGGCACCAUCAUGGUGCCGUGGUUCACUGGCCCCGAUGGCACGCGCUGCUCUUGCUGCUACUGUCCACCCUUUGCAUGUCUGCCUGUGCUGACCUGACCACAGAGCACAUCAGCCCCAUUCUGGAGAGUUCCACCGUGUCCCAGUAUUUUGUAGGAGUAACUGUACUUGCCAUGGUGCCUGAAUUGCCUGAGAUGGUCAAUGGGAUUCAGUUUGCCUUGCAGAACCACCUGAGUCUUAGCAUUGAGAUUGGCAGCUGCAUUGCAGUACAAGUCUGUAUGCUGCAGAUACCUAUCCUGGUGCUGUUCUCUAUCUUCUAUGUAAGUCAACCGGGGAGUGCAAAGGAUUUUCAGGGGGUCACUGACUUCGAGCACUUUGUGGAGGUGUAUGCUACUCUCAGGAGUCCAAUGGGCCUCCCUUGGGAGAUAGGACACUUGAGUGUCUUCUGUGGACAUUCAUUCAACCCUCUGGAACACCCUUUGCUUGUGAGUAGAUUAGACCCAGUAGUUCUUGGUUAUCUUUUAUAGUUACCUUGGACUUUUUCCAGAUUUACAUGUCCACUAAGGAAGGCUAUCAGAAAGCACAGGGCACUCCUCUGCCUCUGUGCAAGAAUGCUGAUGAAUUACUGA